ACGACUGGCUUUCAUAGUUUAGAAAGAUAAAAUCCUUUUUUGAUAGACCUGAUAAUUAUUUUAGUAUAAUCAUAUCAAUUAAAAAGUAGCAUUAAAAACGUAGCAUUAAAAGGUGUAAUAGUGUAAUUUUUUACCAUAUAAAAUUUAAGAAAAUUAGCAGUUAGCUAGCAACAGCUUGCUUUGUGCUUUGAUCUAGUUUCAUCUCACUCCAGUCUAACUUUAAAUGAUUUUAUAGCUUAUUUACUACACAUUGUCAUAAGCCUACACUGAAAAAAAGUUUUCAAGCAGUACCUCAUCUAAUUAAUAAUUUGUCUUUCAAUUUAGUUUACAAUUAUUUGUUUCAUUUUUCAAAUAAUAUUUUUUUCGUUCAAAACAUUGUUGAAUAUAAAUAUUUUUCAUUAAGUGCUCAACGGAAAAAUAUUUGUUUGGAUGAAUGUACAAUUUCGAGCAUGCCUGCGCAUGCGUAUUAAACAAAAAAAGCGACGACCAGCCACCUGAUCUUCAAGUCAACGGUGGAUCGCCACGACGCCUUUGAAGGUUAGUAAAAUACUUCCGAAUUAAGUUAAUAAUGAAUGUUAAUGAUUAAUGUUUUAACGUUGUCUGUUAAUGUAGACGUUUUGUACUUUAGUGCCUAACAUUAGAUCGAGAUUAAAAUGUUUUACGACGCAACGCUGCUAUGAGACCACAUGUAAGUUUGGCAAGCGGCGGAAAAUUUUCAGUUCCCGCUCCCGUUUUAAGCGAGGCGAAACAGAGUAAAAUGUAAUAUAACAUUCCGUAAUCCUUUAUUUCAGUGUUGUUUGCAAAUAGCUGAUAUCAUUAUUGAACUAACGUCAUUUUUGGAAUUAAUGCAUAAGGUCAGAAAUCGGAUGUAAAAUUUUCAUUUCGAUUCCUCUCAUGGAUUCAUUUUUUUUGUCUGUUUUAAUAAUUUGAUUAUAAUUUAAUAUAACGCUGUUUUUUGUAAAACAGAAGCGAUUGAUUGGUUGUUCUUGAACGAUUCGUUUAAUUAAAUUCGUUUUGAAAGAGUCUUUAAUGUGAUUCGGGAAGAACGAGUCGUCUCCAAAAGUGAUUUUUUUUCAGCGUCCUGAUGGUUCUGGUAUUCACCUUUAUGGAGUUUCUGGUUUUUGGAGUGGGUCGUUCAUCACGUGACAGGCCCGUAAGCUAAACGUUAGGCAUAGAUAUGAACGUUUGGUCAUCUCUCGAGUCUUCGAUUCGAGUCGUUGUUUUGUCACGUUCCCGCUUCCCGCUUCCCGGUUCAGUAUCUUACAAAAAAUAACUUGCAAACUGUUCUGUGUAUUGUAAAUAAUGGCCAUAUACUUAAACUAAUUAUGCACGUAGUAAAAUGAUAUAAACGCAAAAAAACUUUUAAAACGUUUUGGGUCUGCCAUCCCGUCUAUCACAGUGGUUUGGUCCACUGCCUACCUCACCGAUACAAACCAGUGCUCCGUGCCAUUAAAUUAGCCAUGUCAAAAAAUAUUUCUAUGAAUGAUUAUAACGUUACCUUGCUUAACUUGUUUAUUAUUGUAGCUUGUUGGAUAAGUGACCCAUUACAACUAAAUAUUAGUCGUGUGUGAUCUGAUAUUAGGCUAAUUGAACUGAAUAUCGAUUAAUUAUCUAAAUAAGGGAGGUCCUCUAUCUAAAUACUAUGGGGAGGGUGCAAAAUAAUUUAUUAAUUACAAUAUAACCUAUGAAUCUCAUUUUUAAACAUGUUAUGCAUACAUGCUGUGUACACAUCUCUUACAAGUACAAUAUUGGCUGUAUUUGUUUCCCAUUCAAAAAUUGCUCUUAAGAAAUGUAGUUAUGGUAGUGGGUAGUAUGAACAGGUGUGAUGGCUCCCUUUGAUCUGAGCAUCUUAAGUUAAGAUGGAUUAAAAUAUGUGACUGUUCAAAUAUGAGAAUCUUUUUUUCUCUAUCUCACCCUUUCACUCACUCUCACUUAUAUGCAGGAUAUCUGAGUUCCGAGGUGGAAACAUCUGAUCAACCAUAACCUUAUCAUAGCUGCUGUUACGGGGCAGAGGGUUCUUGGUAAACACAUGGAUGUGGAGAUGCAAGCAUUGUGGACAUUGUUGUACCAGAAGAUCUGAACUGCUAAAACAUUAUAGACUCAGUCAUCACCAUUAUGGAAGGCACCACUUUCUCUGCCUGUAUGAAAGCUGCCCAUUUUCAAGCAAAACAUGGAAUGCUCUGCUGAAGCAUCUAUCUACACACCACCCUUCUUCACAUUCCUCAAGAGAAGACAUCUCACAUUUUAAGUGCCACGUUUGUGACUACAGUCAACUUGCUUCUGAAACGGACUUUUUUCACCAUAUUGGCCAACAUUUAAAAAAUAAUGAAUCAGUUACUUGUAUGUAUGUUGGCUGUUCAUAUCAAACCAAUGUAUAUGGAAGUUUCCACACUCACAAAUGGAGAAAACACAAAGUGUGUACAACAAGAGAUUUAAAACCUGGAAUUGUUCAUAGAUCACACUUUAAUCCAUCUGCUUUAGAUUCAGUUGACUCUGACAUUGAUUUAAAUGAGGAUCUACUAGUUGAAGAACCAACUUUGGAAGAACCUAGACAUUAUACAGAAGAAGUUGAGCUAAAGUUAGCCUCAGUUCUACUGAAAUUGGAACAUAGUUACCUGGUGUCAAGUGCAGCUGUAAAUGUACUCCUUGAGGAACUGCAGUAUGUCAUUGGGACUGUGUCUAUUCCAGACACUCAGAAGACAAUUACUGAAUUUUUAGUGGAUCAUAAUUGUCAGGUUGUUGGGUCAUUAGUCCAAGAGUUAGCCAAAGAACUUUGUACCGCACAUCCUAUUCAACUUGCUAUUGGAAAAGACGGCCCUCUAUCUACUGCAUAUAGGCGCAACAAAUAUUAUAGACGUAAUUUCUUUGUAGUGGAACCUGUGGAAUAUAUAUUGGAUAAAAAGAACAGAAGAUCAUUUCAGUAUAUUCCCUUAUUAAAAUUAUUGCAGCAGGUUUUAAAUUGUGAGACUAUCCUCAGCAAUGCAGUUAAUUUAAAGGAGAAACUUCAAUCGGUGUCAAGUGAGAAGCAGGUUUACAGAUGUCUCUGGGAUGGUGAAAUUUUUAAAGAACACAGCCUUUUCUCAAACGAGUGUGCAAUUUCAAUAAUUCUGUACAUAGAUGAUUUUGAGGUUUGCAAUCCUCUUGGCACCUCACGCAAAAAACAUAAAAUCUGUGCCCUAUACUGGAUUUUAGGCAAUCUGCCGCCUGGUUUGCACUCUGCAUUGUCAUCAAUCUACUUGGCUGCAUUGAUCAAAAGUGAGGAUGUAAAUGAGUAUGGAUAUAGCGCUGCUCUAGAACCUUUAAUUAAGGACUUGGUUAUUUUAGAGCAACAUGGUAUAUUUGUGAGCAAGUUAGGAAAAUGUGUAAAGGGGACAGUGCAAUGUGUUGUUGCGGACAACCUGGGUGCGCAUGGUUGUGCUGGUUUUGUGGAGAGUUUUUCGAGUGCUUAUGUUUGUAGGUUUUGUACGGCCUCGAAACCAGAAAUUCAGACAAGGGACGUGGGCAGUGGAACAUUUUCUUUAAGGACAGAGGAAAGUCACGCAAGACAUCUUAAAACACUUGAGGAGGAAUCGUUGGCCAGUUGUUUUGGUGUCAAGAAGACUUGUGUUUUGUCAGAAAAACUUGCUCAUUUUAAUGUCACUACUGGCUUUCCACCGGACAUAGUGCAUGAUUUAUUUGAAGGAAUUGUUCCUUUUGAAAUAGCUCUUUGUCUUUCUGUCUUCACCGCAAAGAAAUACUUCACUUUGGAAUUUUUGAAUGACUCCAUAAAUACAUUCCCCUUCAAGUGGAAAGAUAAAGCAAAUUCUCCCCAUCCUGUGCCACCUACAUAUGCAAAAAGAAAAACAGUUGGUGGCAAUUCUCAUGAGAAUUGGAGUUUGAUCAGGUUUUUGCCACUUCUCUUGGGACAUAAAGUACCUGCUGACGAACCUGCUUGGAAUCUCCUCACAGACUUAAAGGACAUUGUUGACCUUGUUGUCACACCUGUGCAUACUGAUGAAACAAUAGCUUACUUAAAUUUCAAAAUCUCUGAGCAUAGAGUACGGUUCAAAGAGGUUUUCCCAGACUCAAACUUGCUUCCAAAGCAUCACUUUUUGGAACACUAUCCACAGCUAAUUUAUCAGUUUGGACCUCUUGUUUUGCUCUGGACUUUAAGAUUUGAAGGGAAACAUAGCUUUUUUAAGAGAGUUGUACGACACACUAGCUGCUUUAAAAACGUGUUGUUUUCCUUGGCAGAGAGACACCAGUUAUCUCUGGCACACCAGCUCUACUCAUUCAACUUUCCUAAACCUCUCUUGGAAGUUAAGCAUUGCUCAACUGUUAGCACUGAUGUCCUGAAAGAUGAAAUUGCACAGGCUGUUAAACAGAAACACCCAAAUGUGAAGGAAGUUUCUUUGACUGAAAAUGUAAUCUAUAAUGGAUUUAACUACAGACUUGGAAUGAUCCUUUCAUAUGGCUCAAUUGAAGGAAUUCCUGCCUUCACUGAAAUCAUCCAGAUGGUGGUCCUCAAAAACGAGUUGGCCUUUGUUGUUCGCAAACUAAGUUCUUGGUACAUAGAACACUUCAGAGCUUUUCAACUUGAAACCUCACCUUCAAAGGAGAUAGAAGUUCUGGAGCCAUCUCAACUGACCGAUCCUUAUCCCCUGGUAGACUACACAGUUGGGGCUAUGCGGCUUAUUACACUCAAACGAUAUAUUCACAUUUAAGGUUUGUAUUUGUGUUUUGAUUGGUACAUUUUUGUUGUUGUUGUUUUUUUUUUUUUUUCAAUCUAUAAACCUGCAUAUAUAUCAUCCAAAAUACAGCCACAUCAGUUAUAUAGAAAUAUUUUUACUAUUUAAAGUAAAUCCUUUCUAUUUCUUAUAGUCGAUUUGAUUAUUAAUGCUGCCUUUCUCUUUUUUACCUUCUAAUUUGAGGAUCUCAAAGCAUGGCAGGCAUCACACGGCUCCUGGUUCUUUUAGGAGAGGACAACCAGAUCAAAUUGAACCUUUCAAGUAACAACUUAUCUGUUGAUGAAGUCAUCCAGGAAAUAAAGUGUGUCUGCGGUCUUACGAAUGAAAUACGACUUCAGUACAAUGAUGCUGAUUUUGGCACUUGGGUUAACUUAACUUCAACCUCACAACUCAAGGAUCUAGGCACUUUGAAAGUUAUUCCAGUAGAACCCACUGUUACUUUAUUUUUGGAGCCAGUUGGCACGUCUGUGAAUAAGGCCAGUUUUCUCAGUCAAGAUGAUUCAAGCAUCUCUGCAAGCUCGGAUGACACACUACCCAUAAGCAGUGCUUCCUCUGACACCUAUAGAAAGGAGCAGUGGCCCAAGGUGUUUGUCAUCCCAACUUUCUCUCAUUCAACAGAAUCCCAACUUAGGGAUGGAAAUGCUGAGUAUCAGAGAAGCCAGGCUAGACUCACUCCCAGUUCCAAAAUGCUUUCAAACAUUCUGGAAACGCUCGCCGACAAAGUCUAUUCUUACAGAUCCUAUCCUAGCGAUGCAGACUUGAGUGAGGUGGCAGAGGCACUCACACAGACACACCCCUGUCUGAAAGAACCUGGGUCCUUUAACCACAGUUAUGGAUGGAAACAAAGACUUAAGACAAAGAUGUAUAACUAUCGCACAUACCUGAAAUCGCACAGUUCAUCAUCUGAUGAGCUGUCUGUCAAUACAGUGAAAAGAAAGUCCUCGAUGGAUUCUCACCCUGCAAAGAACAUAAAGAAACCCAGGCGAGCUGAGUCUAACCAUUACCCAUCUCUACCUCUCAACAAGACCCCGGAGUUGAUGGAGCAAGAGAGAAUUGCCCUAUUGUCUGAGGUAAAGAAAAGGAACAAUGUCAAAACAAUUAGAGAGAAGAUGGCACAGACGUUCGCAUUUAGGAGGCAAGAAAUUGUCGACAAGAAAACACCUUUGCUCAGUAUCAUUGAAAGAUGGCCGGCACUCAUUGACGUUCAAGAGGUGAACGCAGAGUUCUUGAGAGUAACCACAAUACCACUUGAAGCAAGAUUCAUGCAGAACCUUGAUGAGAAAUGCACUGAAAUGAUAAAGGUUAUCAGAAAGAAGGGAGGAGCCAUUCGGGAGAAGACAAGGCUGCUGCCAGUUGUAGAAAAGGAUACUGACACGGCUACAAAGAGAGAGAUUGCACUUAAAUGUCUCAUCCUUAACAUGGGAGAAGCAGUGGAGGACCUCAUCAAAGAUUUCCUGGUGUCAGAGAAGGAAGAGGCUGAAGCAAUUCUUCAACAGGAAACCAUGGCAAUAUUUGUCUUUAGAGAUGCCCAAGCUGUACCCAAAGACAUUGGCAUCGUACUGGAGGGACAAAAGGUUCUGAGCGAGUUGCCAUCCAUUGCAAAUGCUGUUGCCAUUCUCCUGGGGCUCCUUUAUACCCUCAAUUUGGAAUAUCCAAAGACACUGAAACUGACAUUUGAGUACAUACAGAAAGUCAUCAUGGAGCUGGACCCAAAAGGCAUGACCAAUAAAGUCAAGCGGCUCUACGACCAACUCUACAAUAGAGCUUAAUUCAGGGUUCCCACACAUCCCUGCAAAUGUUUACCCUGCAAUUAAUUUUGUGUUUGAGUAGCUGGCUAUGGUUCGGCAGUUGGUUCAGUAUUUUUAGUAGUAUAAUCUGUCAAGCCUUGGCAAUCAGCUGUUCUAAAUGCUGCCAAUUUAUUUAAGUUUACAUUGUAUUAUGACGGUGUACGCAACAACUCCAUACUUGCGUUCUGUUUCAAACUUUUUUUUUUUUUUUUUUCUUUUUUUUUUGGCCGGUGGAUAUUAUUUGUUGCAUCAUAAAAAAAAAAAGAUUUCUGAUGGGGGAAAAAAAAAAAUCCUAAUUCAAUGCUUGUCGAAUUCCACAGAUUUAAGAAAAUGUCAAUGUUUGCCAGCUACUAAAUGUUAAAAAAUGUUUAAAAAAAUCUGAAAAUGUCAAACUCAGAAGAAUGUUAAAAAUCUGACACUUUAGUAGCAAGUUACGGAUAUGUAAAAUGUUAAUAAAAUGAUGUAUUGAAAAUGAUUGAUGUCUUUUUGGAUUAGAUUUGUAUCAGAUGCUAUUAAUGAUGUUUCUUAAUGGGAAUCAUGUUUUAUUAAAUUAAUGUUUUUAUUUGUAUAAAACUAAAUUUCUAUUAACUAUUCUAUUAAGAUAAAUUAAAUCUAUAUCUGUUGGAUUGGAUAAAGUUAAAUAUUUCUAAUACAUAUUUCUUAAAUUUAAAACAAUUGUUUAAUUGAAUCUUUAUAUAUUUGAUUGAGAAAACUAAAUUAUUCUAAUAUUUCUUAAAUGAGAAAGUUUGUUUUAAUUAAAUCUAUAUCUUUUUGUUUAGAUCAAAAAUAGAAUUUAAAUUAAUUUACUUUCAUCAACAAGAAAAAUAUACUUUCUAUCAGGUUUUACUAAAUAGUUUUCAUAGACAGAGAAAAUAUUGUUUAGAGCAAGUUAUUUAUUUUUAAUUGGUACAAGUAAUAAAAUAUAGAUGUGAACCAUUACCCUAAAUUUUUUUAAUUGGUUGAAUGAAAUUUUUUUUUCAGUGUAUUUAUUAAUGCUAAAUUUUACUAAACACUCUUGUUAAAUGGGGUAAGCACACUUACUUUCUCAUUUCAGACGUGUAUGUUCUUCUAAGAAGUAAUGAUUUGUUAUAUACUGAUUCAGACACUGACGGGCAGACCAAUUGCUUUAACUCAG